CUACGGUAACCCGUUUUCCCCGGGAGGACGUCUCGUUAACGGUUUGUCAGUUAAUGUGCUUGGUCCUUUGCAAUACGACCUUCUCAAACAGUGCCACCGAAAAGAGGGAAUAGUGCCACGAACAGUACGAACGUCAGCCAGUGAUUGUGUUUGACAGUUUUCUCGAAGGCAACGGAAACUCCAUUUAACCGAACGAACGUAUCCGCGGCUUGUGCAGCAGUGAUUGUGCUUCGCUCCGGUACCCUCCCCGAACAGUGAAAACAGGACAGAAAACGAACAAAUCGAAUCCAAAAACAAGAACACAAAAUACGGUGACUUUUUUUGUAACCUGAAACAGGAAACUACCGGCCAGCUAAAUCGUGCCAGCGAUCUCCUUUUGGCACGCACCGAUGCAGUAACGAGUCACGAGUGGCAGCCGGGCGUAAAUCUAGCAAAAAUCCGUGUACCUUCCCUCCAUCUGGUGUCUGGUGUGUUUCACGUGGGUGACUAGAGCGGACAAUAGCACCAGUGAAGCAUGGAAGCGGUAGCGAAACCAUCGUCCACCCGAUCGCAACAGGUGCAGCAGCAGCAGAUAGCGAUCGAAAUUAUCAGCGAACCGGCAGCACCGCCGCAGCAACAGCCCAAGCAGCAGCUGCAACACCAGGAAUUACAAGCACACACGUUGCUUCAGCAGUGUCAGCAACAGCAGCAGCAGCAGCAGUCAUCAGUCCCUACACCAAAUGUCGACAUCGUGCUGCGAGAGUCGACGCGCGGCAAUCUGGUGAGCCGGAAGAAACCCUCGACCGGAGCGGACGGUAAAAAGGGUUCGCAUAAGAGCGGCAAGGAUGAGGGGAAGGGCGAGGGCAAGUCCGUCUAUCGGAAGUUCUUCAAGCGCAUCAAAACCAUCCUGGACGGUGCGGAUCCGGCGGCCAGCAGCAAACCGGAAGCGGAGGAUCUGCCCGUACCGGCGCGCUACUAUCCGGACUCGCUGGUCGAGCUGACGCGCACGGCCCGCUUCACCGAGGACGAGAUCAAGCGAAUAUACCGGGGCUUCAAGGCCGAGUGUCCGACCGGCAUCGUCAAGGAGGAUACGUUCAAGGGCAUCUACUCGCAGUUCUUCCCGCUCGGUGCGAGCAGUGGCCAGUACGCACACUACGUCUUCAACUCCAUCGAUCUGGACCGGAAUGGCUCAUUAAGCUUCGAGGAGUUCGUCGCCAACCUAUCGAUCCUGCUGCGUGGCACGGUAGACGAAAAACUCCAGUGGACGUUCUCGCUGUACGACAUCAAUGGGGACGGUUGCAUCACGAAGGAGGAAAUGAAGGAGAUCGUGACGGCCAUCUACGAGCUGAUGGGCAAGGUACCGGAGGGAUGCGAGGAGGAGCAAGCCAUCAAGGAGAAGGUCGAACGGUUGUUCGAGAAAAUGGAUCGCAACUGCGAUGGCAAGAUCACGCUGGACGAGUUCAUCGAGUGCUGCACGAAGGACGAAAGCAUCCGCCGAUCGAUAGCCGUAUUCGAUACCAUCUUCUAAGGCCCCAAGGGCACGAUGGCCACACUUCCACUUUCAGAAACAGUUCAAAAACUCUUUUUCUAAACUUCAUAUCCGGGAAUGGGUUGGGCUGGGAAGGGAAUGGGCUGGGGAUGGAAAGGAUGCGAACUCGCUCCCCCCUCCCCAAUCUCUAUCUUAGAACUAGAACGAAGAGAAUUUUGAUGUUACACACUUUGCAUAUUCUAUAUCCUGUUGCUAGUUGAUCUGGGUUACGGUAGCAAAGCUAUGCUCACACAUACCGCUUCCAAUUUGACGCCAUAGGCCGGUAGAUACAAUCGUACAGGAACACAUUCUUACAUCAAUGUAUCCCCUGGAAACACGGCGAAUUUUUGGGGGAGUGCGGCAUAGGUAGCGACUAGGACUUUUUAGACUUUAGAACGGUUCUCCCUUACAUUUUCUACACCGUUCACAUCGUUUAACCGGUUUCAUCCGGUGUUCAGGCUCCUUCCCAUUUCACGCCCGUUCCUUGCCCUACUUUUUCCAUUGCAUUGCGAUUUUAAAAAGGCGGUUAUAGUAGUGGGCAUAAGCUGAACUAAUACAUCUUGUAUCUCUUGAACUUUUGAAAGUCUUCACGAUCAAAUGUACUCGAAGGUGUUGCCAACAAAGCAUCAUGGUGGCGCAUGGCGCCGCGCUUCCGAUUUCUACCCUUUUUCCAGUGUUUGUCCACUUUCGGCCACACCAACGGCCACUUCCUUCCUUUCAUGUUGGUUGCAAACUGUAUGUGUUUGUUAGUAAGUGUUUACGUGUAUGUGUGUGUGUAUGUAUGUAUGUAUGCAUGUAUGUGUGCGUGCGGUAUCUUGGCUAAAGGUAUCGUUAGAGCAACGUGCGCGAGCUCAAACUUAUCGCUUCCUACAAAGGUACGGCUAGAGUACCGGAUGUAGCGAGCGCGUACAGGGGCAGUUAGGGUAUAUAUGGUUUUCGAUGGGUUUUUUUUUGGAAUGUGAUUUAUAUCCUUGCGUGUAGUUCUGACUCUCACCGAUUGGGCAUGAAAUCCAGUUGUUUUCCACACACCAGCACCUCUUUGUUGUGGCUUUUCCCAGGGAAAAGUGUUAUGCAGGGCCCUUUCUCGAUAUGACUCGAUCGGGAAAGGCGGGAAGCUGGAGGUGUUGCAAGGAAGCAAGGCAACGGUGGCGUCGGGGGCGGACCGUAUUAACCACUAAACGAGUUUACAGGAAAUGAAAUGAUAUAAAAAGUAAUUCAAGAAAAUACAAUAUUGUUAUUUAUUUAGUAAAACGAUUUAAGAAACUAGAAAUGGAGAGAGCUGCUCCUCGGCUACGCCACACACAAUAUAUCUGCCGAUCAUGAGCAUAGCAUGAGGUGGGGUUGACGAGUUUACCAUCUACUACACAUUUUGCAUGCCUCUAAAUGUUUCCAAUUGUUGUUGUCUCUUGAUUAAAAAAGAAAACUCUUAAAGCAGCAACGCGUCUCCAAGUGUGAUGUGGAAUGGCACGAGGUGGGUUUCUUUAAAGUCGGAAAAGCUUAGAGGGUCGGGCAGGACAAGAGUUCUGGUACACUUCUCACGCCGCGUUCAAACAGCAGCAAUAGAAUAAAAGCGAGAGCGCUACUCCUUUGACCACACCAAAUAUCACCAGACACCGGGCUUUCGACACUCCAUUUCAGUUGUUUCGAUGUUUGUAAUAUGAAAUCCGUAUUUCCAUAUUAUCAACUAAUAAA